UCUCACAGAAGAUUUAUUUCCUCUCCUGCUGCAACAAUGAGUUCAGUCCAGGCUUUGAGAGAGUUUAUAAACGAGCGACUCGCUGCCGCUGCGGGAGAAAUAUUCACCGUGUUUCAACAAAGUAUCGUGCAGCUCGAGGAGGAGAUUGAUCGACAGCGCGUGCUGCUCCAAAUCAUCCGAAAUCCUCAAGUCAAGAUACACAGAGCAGAACUCCCACAACACCCUGAUUGUAGGGAGGAGCAGCUGUUUAAACAAAAAACAAACUGCUGUGUAGAGCAGGAAGAACCAGAACCUCCACUGAUCAAAGAAGAACAAGAAGAACUAGGAAUUCAACAGUCGAAAGAGAACCAGGUGGAAUCAGAACCUUCACAGAACGGAGAGACACAAGAAGAACCAGGACUUCUACAGUUGAAAGAGGAACAGGAGGAACCAGAAUUUUCACAGAUCAAAGAGGAACAAGAAGAACCAGGACUUCUAGAGUUGAAAGAGGACCAAGAGGAACCAGAAAUUUCACCGAUCAAAGAGGAACAAGAACCAGGACCUCUACUGUCUAAAGAGAACCAGGAGGAACCAGAACUUUCACAGAUUUCAGAGCACGAGGAGCUGGGUACCAGCCAGGAGGGAGAGCAACUUAUACUUAAGUUUGAAACUGAUUCGGUUAGGGUUCCUUCUACUGAGGAGCAAAGUCACCUGAGUGAACCAGAAGAAGAACCAAACACUGAGCAGUUCCUCUCUCAUGACUCUGAAGUCCACCAUGUGAAACAAAAUCAUGAAUCAGAAACAACUAGAAUUGCAGAGCUGGAAAAAAUCAGCAUAAUUAAUAGUGACAGUGUGGAAGACUUACCUGUGUCAGAGAAGCAGACUGAAUGUGAAAAGCUUCCUUUUGAGGAAAAAUGUGAUAAAACAGUCAGUAAAAAACAUAAAUUAACAGAGAACUCAGGAACUGUGGCUGUUAAGAAGAAGAAAUUACAUUGUGAAGUCUGUAGUAAAAAGUACAGCUUUCAGAGUGAAUUGUUGGCUCACAUGAGAAUUCACACAGGUGAGAGGCCGUUCUCUUGUGAAACAUGUGGAAAUAGUUUCAGUCGACGGAGUCAUUUGUUGACCCACGAGCUAACUCACACAGGUGAGAAGCCACAUUCUUGUGAAACAUGUGGCAAACGUUUCAGUCAACAGAGCAGUAUGUUGCGACACAUGAGAACUCACAAAAAUGUAAAGUCGUUCUCUUGUGAAAAAUGUGGAGUAAGUGUCAAACGGCAGAAUCUGUUGUUGCGACACAUGAAAACUCACGAAUGUGAGGAGCAUUUUUGUGAAUCAUGUGGAAAAAGUUUCAGUAAACAGAGCGAAUUGUCACGACAUACAAGAAUUCACACAGGUGAGAAGCCUUAUUCUUGUGAAACGUGUGGGAAACGUUUCAAUCAACAGAGCAAUUUGUUGGUCCACAAGAGAACUCACACAGGUGAGAAGCCUUAUUCUUGUGAAACAUGUGGGAGAAGUUUCAGUCGACAGGAUACUUUGUUGGUCCACAGGAGAACUCACACGGGCGAGAAGCCACAUUCAUGUGAAACGUGUGGCAAAAGUUUCAGUUCACAGAGUAAUCUAUUGGUUCACUUGAGAACUCACACAGGUGAGAAUCCAUAUGUUUGUGAAACAUGUGGGGAACGUUUUCGUUAUCUUAACUCAUUGAAACGCCAUAAAGAAGUUCACAAAGAGACGACGUCCUGAAAGACUGUGUGUUUUCACACCAGCCCUGUUAGGUCGAGACCAGAGACCACUUCAGGGACUGUCUGGGAAAGUCAACUUCAUUUGUACAUGUGUGAAAGCUCUCCUGAAAUCUGAACUUGGUGAACGCUGGUUCCCUUGAAACCAUGAGUUUUAGCUGCCUUGCAAGCGGCAGAGUUGGAAAAUGUCUGGUGGACAAGGGUUUGGUGAAUAAGUGUAGGUACUCUUUGAUAUAUGGUCCGAAGACUAUAUAUCGCAGCUGCCGGUGCCAAACAGCUCGCUGGUUAGUGCGGUGGGGCUGCUGCUUUCAGUCUAGAUGAAUGUGUGAGCCGGGUUUCUGCUUCAUCAGGCUUCACCGCCUCUCUGGUCAGUGUUGGUUUCAAGCAACAGUCAAACCAAAUGAAGGUGUGAAAAUUCAAAAGUGACCAAAGUUCUAGACUAUUCUGGUGUGAAAGCAGCCUAAGAUUCGUAAUGCAACCAGGGGAAGCUUUGUCAGCCCUCAGCGCUGUU